AUGAGUUCGCAGGUAGCAAGCUAUGAGUUCAAGAAUGGAAGUCCAAUCAAGAGUUCAAUCGAGGGUCCAUACGCCACGUUACAACUGGUUGAGCAGAGUAACAAACUGAAACGCAUUGGUUCGUCGAGAUGUAGAAGCAGAAACAUCCGGAUCUUCGCCGAGAGGACGUUCGUUCACGAUCGCGGGGCAACCCUUUGCAAGUUCACGCAAGAGGUUCGUGUUGUCGCAGAGAGGCCGCUACGCCGCCCACGUCGUCGCCGAUUACCGGGAGGUAUACGUGAAAGAUCGGUUCGAGGAAAUGGAGAAUUGCGUGAAAUCGAAAUAAUUACAGGCGGCACGGAUCGCAAAUCCUGCAAUACGGUAGUCAGUAGGCGGUAUGGCCUACCAACAGGCGCAUACAGGUAUACGCAAGCUCUUUGUCGGACGGAGGUGGAGUACGGGUUAUAUUGGCGCCACCUCCUGCACGGUUAAGCGAGCGACUAGGGCAGACUUACGCCUUACACCUCUCUCUCUCCAACCCCACUCUCUGUCUCUCGC